AUGUCCGGCAGUUUUCGCCAGCAUCGUCGUACGUGUUCGUAUUCGCACGGAACUGCAGCACCGAGUUAACCUCAAAUCUUUUGUUUGGGAUUGCUAAAAACGUACGAAAAAUCGAUUCUCGUUGUAUCGUGAAUCUCACUGGGACGUUUGCGACGCAAAAGUAUGAUCGGCAGAGUAGUCUCCGGCAUUUUACAAUCUUUGCCACGAGCCACAAUCUCGAGCCAGCCUGGCUCGCUGACUCCAGCUCUAUGGAAUCCCUGGAACUUGACGUUUGUCAGAAAUAUAAUCAAGUACAACUUCCCCCGUGCCAGCGAGCGUAAGCGCAUCAAGACACACGGUUGGCUUGCCAGAAUGGCAACACCCGGUGGCAGGAAGAUCCUCAUGAGAAGGAUCUUGAAAGGCAAACAUGUACUGAGUCAUUAAGCAUCACUGUUAUCCCUCGAAUUAUCGCACUGAGCGUUGAUAGGAGGCAAAAAUAAACGUCAUUUAUUAAGAUUAA